AUGCACCAUCGUACCACCACCAGCGCCGCCGCCGCCGCCGCCGCCACCAUACAAACGCCUUCUUCCCAACCCUUACCCAACACCAUGUCAUUUUGUCUCAUUCUAUGUCACUUCCACCGAUGUUUCACCUCUCUCCCCAUCCACCAUCACCACCACCACCUCUUCUCCCCCACCUUUAACUUUCUUCUUUCUUUCUUUUGCUCCCAACUCUUAACCACUCCUAUGUCACAAUCCAACAAUAUCUCACGUCACCUUAACUACUCGUCAACCUCAUUAAUUCAAACUUACUUUUCAAUAUCUUUAUUGUUUUUUAAAUAUUUAUAUCACAUUUUCCCUCCCUCUCUCUCUCUCUCUCUCUCUCUCUCUCUCUCUCUCUAUCUAUCUAUCUAUCUAUCUAUCUCAGUCUAUCUAUCUAUCUAUCUAUCUAUCUAUCUAUCUAUCUCUGUAUUACUCUCGUCUUCUCAUUUUACUUCAGCUGAAUUUUUCUCAAAUUUUCUUAUAUUUCUCGUCGUCUCUCUGUGA